GCAUAAAGCCCCCUGCAUGUUCAAAGCCUGGGCCAGAACGCAAGAAGAACUCUCCUGCUCACUUUGGACAAAAGCAGUGAAGAUUAAAGCAACUUUUUUGACGCUUCUGCAAAAAUGUGUAAAGGAUUAGCUGCCCUGCCCCAAACUUGCCUUGAAAGGGCCAAGGAGAUCAAGUCCAAAUUGGGAGUUUUGCUUCAAAAGCCGGAAAAUGCAAUCGACCUCAUCGUUCCCUACCCGGAGAAAAGCGAGAAGAAGCCGGAGAAGCUUCACAAACCUUCGUGCGAGGAGGCCUCCCAGUGGCGUGAGAGUCUGGAGCGAGUCCUGAACAACAACUAUGGUCUGGCUACUUUCCGUGCCUUCCUGCAGUCUGAGUUCAGUGAUGAGAAUAUCGAGUUCUGGAUGGCCUGCAAGGAUUUCAAGAAGACCAAGAAUCCGGAGAAGAUGGCUGCCAAGGCAAAAAUGAUCUACGAAGACUACAUUCAGUCGGAGGGCCCCAAAGAGGUCAACAUUGACCAUUUCACCAAGGAUGUGACUCUGAGGAACUUGGUGAAUCUUUCUCCCGAAACCUUUGACCUGGCCCAAAAGAGAAUCUACGCCUUGAUGGAGAAAGACUCCUUCGGUCGUUUCCUGAGGUCUGAGCAGUACCAGGAGCUCUUGGUCAACUAAAGGCCAGCCCGAGACUGAGCGGCCAGGUGGGGAGGUGGAGAAUGGAUUUCAAUUCGUGUUUCGCUCUAAAAUUCAUCAAUUAACAAUUGAAAAUGGAAAUUAAGAACAAUUCAAUGAACUUUUUUAAGUGCUAAAACUCAAGAAAAAAAUAUUCCAAAUUGGUACAAAAUGAGAGAAAAGUUGAAUGAACAAUUUGGGUGUAAACAAAAAGCGACGAUACUGAUAUUGAACUCAUAAACAAGCGAGCAGCUCAAAUCAAAUUGCCCCGACCGCCAAAUUGUAUUCCUCUUGGAACAGAACCUUUCAUCAAAAUCAAUAUUUAGACAAAGUUGACGCCAAUCAACUCUCAUGAAAAAGAGAUUUCCAAAUAAGGUCGAUCUUUGCGUCCAAACUAGACGUGGAUGACAAAACCACAUUUUGUAACUCUUCAAAAACAACUUAAGCAUACAUAAAAAAAAAUCCCAACGUACCUUACAUGGUAGUGAACCUGCUGUUUAGUAUUAGUCUUUUCCACUUUCCGUUUUCUCACACACACACACACACACGCUUCUGUCCACCAAGCUCCUAUUUGGGCUCCUGCGAGAGCCUUCCUUGAGAUGAGUGCUGGCAAGUUGGCUCAGUGGUCCAACUCCUCGGCUGCCACCAAACUGCAAGUUGCUUGGCUGGGAAAAGCAGUGGGAGGGCAUCUUGGAAGAAGGCAACCGUGUGGCCAGAUGGUUUUCUAAAGUAUACACAAAGAUAUUAGCGACCCGAAGUGGUGUUUGUUUCCCACGCGCUUUUAUUUACAUUGUACCCAAUCCGUUUCUGUGCCCUUACUCACCACACCCGCAAACAGAUUUCCGAUUCGGAUGCUGUCAUCCCUACCGAUGCUUUCGAUAACAUUGUCCAGAGCAAAAAGUAAAACCAAAUCUUGAUGAUAAUAUAAAAACGUAACUACCAUAUACUCUUUGCGCUUUAAAACUAUUUAUUCCCUAUAAGUUGAUCUACGGAGUCAUAUAAAGUGUGUGAUGAUACACAUGUAUGUAAUCUUUUUUUUUUUGUAUUACCAAAGAAGUAACGCUGUACUCAACACAAUAUUAUGAUUUGCAUAUUCACCAUAUUCACCAUUUGUCAAGUCCUUUUUGAUGUGAGCCGAUGGCGCGGAUAAGCCAGUCUGUUGCCAAGGUAACGGGCCAGAAUAUCGGCCCGAAUAUGGGCCGUUGAGAAAGAUGAAUGAUGAUGUCAACAAAUGGUGCAUGUACGUCUUGGAGAUGAGCACAUAAAUAUCAAUCUGCAUACUACUUGUGAAGAUGGAUUUAUUUGAUGUGUAAAUAUGGAUUUGUUGUGGCUAACUUAUUCAGGAAUACAAAAUGACGGCUCCGUGAUUCUUUCAAUGGGGAAUUGAUGGGGCUUUUCUUUAUUCUUUUU